AUGCGCGUCGCCAGUAAUUAUAUUGCUCAUAUUUGUCAUACUUGCAGCCCUAUUACCGGUCCUGUGAGCUGCAUUGGUUACGAAAGAUUGCCGAAUUUGGUAACAGAUUCCAAGAGACGGUUACAAUCGCCGAGAAGCGGCCGAACUCGGUACACUGCCUCGGCGACGGGCGGUACAAAUUCCUCUUCUAACGCGGAUGACCCGGCGGCAAUCAAGGCCAGACUCCGCGCCGCGAUUGCGAAGUCGGAGCGCGGAGUGGGAACAGACGAGGCGAUUACUCGCGAAAUUCUGGCAGCUAUUGAAUCGCUGGAGGAGCUAGGAGGAGGCGGAAGAGCGGACGAGAGGAAGGAAGCUCCUGUGACAACGUCUGACGAAUCAUUGAGUGCCACGUGGAAGCUUCUAUGGACGACUGAGAAAGAGACGCUCUUCAUUUUCAAGCAGGCUCCCUUGUUCAGCACCACCGCUGGAGACACAUUUCAAACCAUAGACGUGGCAAAGGGCACUUUGAGCAACACCAUCACCUUCCCCCCUUCGGGCAUGUUUGACGUAUCUGCAUCCAUCCAAGUCGCCUCCGCACAACGCGUCACCUUCCAGUUCACAGGUGCUCGGCUAGUCACGGCGUCCUGGACACUACCUGUCCCACCCUUUGGUCAAGGAUGGUUUGACAACACCUACAUUGACAAGGAAAUCCGCAUCUCACGAGACUCGAGGGGUGACGUGCUUGUAACAGAGCGUUCUGCACAGGACUAG